AUUAGUGUCUCUUGACAAGCGAUCAAAAUUAUAAUUAUUUGGGUGUCUAUUUUUGUGUACGUCAAGAUAAUUUCACUAAAUUAUAUAUGGCAUUAAGAGAAGCGGUUUCCAAUCAUUUAUGUUCUGCUUUCAUAUUUUUUUGGGCAUACAGUUACUAUGUAUUUUCUUUUGUACGCAUGUUCGUAAAUAAAUAGAGUUUAUAACAAGUAGAUUUUUGAAUAAUAAUAUUAACAAAAUUUAAUAGAAAAUAAUAAAAAAAAUAUAUCCAAAUAAAUUAAUUGAAAUGACACCGAAAAAUCCACCAAAAUGUAUCGAGUGUGAAAAGACGGAAUCUAUGCUAUGGCGUACAACAGAAAAUGGCCAAAUUUGCCAAGCAUGCUUCGAACAGAAGGAACCAAAAGAGAAGCCUGAGGAAAAUAAUGAAGAAAAUUCAACAACUGAACAGAAAGUCACGAAAGAUUCGGAAAUAAAAGAAAUGAGUGAGUUAAAAUUGUCGGAGGAGAAAAAGUUACGAAAGAGCACCCGUUCGACACGUUUUAAGGCAAAGGUAAAUAAUUCAAGUGCUACACAAAAUGGCCACAACAAUUCUUCCAAUAAUAAAUCCCACAAUAAAGGUCGAAAUCGUCGCAAUAUAUUUAAGAAAACGCCAUUUAAAACUCCAGCUGCGCAAGCAACCACACAUGUUGUUGAAUCUGUAUUUUACAAGGGCACUUACAUGCAGGUUGGCGACAUUGUAUCGUUGAUAGAUAUUGAAUCAAAUGUAUAUUAUGCACAAAUACGAGGUUUAUUAAUUGAUAAUUAUUGUGAAAAAUCAGCGUACCUUACGUGGCUCAUACCAACACAAGCAAGUCCACAUCCAAAUGAGGGAUUUGAUCCAGCUACUUAUGUUAUAGGUCCUGAUGAGGAACUCUCACGUAAACUUAGCUGUCUUGAAUUUAUAAUGCAUGCGCCUAGUAACUAUUACAUAGACCGCAACAAUCCGUAUCCUUUACCGGAUUCUAUGGAAAUUAAUAACAAACCUGGUGGUUUUAUAUGGACUACAUUGCCAGAAUAUAAACGAACUGCUGCUUAACAGAAUAAUAAAGCAACUACGGAUACAUGUAUAUUUAAUUAAAAUAUUAAAAGCAAAAUUGUUUUAAUAAAUUAUAGAACUGAGAAUUGAGUUUUUAAGCAGCUUAAAAAUUAUAAUUUUUCUUAUAUACGUUUAGAGUCACCUUUGAGUUAUAUUUCAGUCGUUAAAUAAAAACUAUUGU